CCGCGUGCCGCAGGCCGCGCCGCCCGCCGCCGCCGCCGCGCGCCCCCGCCGCCCCGCGCCGCUGCCGCCGCCGAGCUCGCUGGCCGGCCCGGUGCGGGCGCCAGGCUCCGGGCGCCGAGGAGGACCGCGGGCCCUGCCGCCGCCGCUUCGGCCCGGGCCCGGGCCCCGGCCCCGUCCCGGGCCCCGGCCCCGGCCCCCCGCCCGGCCGGGCCAUGAAGUGUCACUACGAGGCGCUGGGGGUGCGGCGCGACGCCAGCGAGGAGGAGCUCAAGAAGGCCUAUCGCAAGCUGGCCCUGAGAUGGCACCCGGAUAAAAAUCUGGAUAAUGCCGCAGAAGCAGCUGAACAGUUUAAAUUGAUCCAAGCAGCAUAUGAUGUGUUGAGUGACCCUCAAGAAAGAGCAUGGUAUGAUAAUCAUAGAGAAGCUCUGCUUAAAGGUGGAUUUGAUGGAGAAUAUCAGGAUGACAGUUUAGAUUUGCUUCACUAUUUCACUGUUACUUGUUACUCUGGUUAUGGAGAUGAUGAAAAGGGCUUUUAUACGGUUUAUCGUAAUGUUUUUGAAAUGAUUGUGAAGGAAGAACUAGAAUCUGUGUUAGAAGAGGAUGCUGAGGAUUUCCCAACGUUUGGAGACUCCCAGAGUGACUAUGAUACGGUAGUUCAUCCUUUCUAUGCCUACUGGCAGAGUUUUUGCACUCAAAAGAACUUUGCUUGGAAAGAAGAAUAUGAUACAAGACAGGCUUCCAACCGCUGGGAAAAACGAGCCAUGGAAAAAGAAAACAAAAAGAUUCGAGACAAAGCGAGAAAAGAGAAGAAUGAGCUUGUCCGUCAGCUGGUGGCUUUCAUUCGCAAAAGAGAUAAAAGAGUGCAGGCUCACCGAAAACUUGUGGAAGAACAGAACGCAGAGAAGGCAAGGAAAGCCGAAGAAAUGAGACGGCAGCAGAAGCUGAAGCAGGCAAAGCUGGCAGAGCAGUACAAAGAACAGAGCUGGAUGACGGUGGCCGAUUUGGAGAAGGAGCUCAGGGAGAUGGAGGCACGAUAUGAAAAGGAAUUUGGAGAUGGAUCAGGAGAAGACGACACGGAGGAAGAGCAAGAGCCCAAGGAUGGACAGGAUGGUAAAGAUAGUGAUGAGGCUGAAGAUGCUGAGCUUUAUGAUGACCUUUACUGCCCAGCGUGUGACAAAUCUUUCAAGACGGAAAAGGCCAUGAGAAACCAUGAAAAAUCAAAGAAGCAUCGGGAAAUGGUUGCCUUGUUAAAACAACAAUUGGAGGAGGAGGAGGAACACUUUUCAGGACAGCAAGCUGAUGAAAAUUCAUUGAAUGAUGAUUCUGAAGAAGAAAUCGAGGAUGCACCAAAACAGAAACUUUCUAAGAAACAGAAGAAAAAGAAACAGAAACCAACACAGACUUAUGAUGAUAAUUGCAAUGAAAAUGGAACUGGAGAAGGAGUAAAGGUUGAUGCAGGAGACGCCAACUUAAAUCAAGAUAAUGCCAAAGAAUUGGAAGUUACUUCCCAAGAAAAUGUCAGUGUCACAGAUACUGUCGAACUGUGUGCUGAACCAAAAAGUGAAGCUAAAAGCAUUCCUAAACCCAAAGGAAAGAAAGCCAAAGAGAUGAAAAAAUCUGUCAAAGUACCUGCUGAACCACAAACAAUGGGCGAUGUUCUCAUCAGCUGUACAACUUGCCAUUGUGAAUUUCCAUCCCGGAAUAAACUUUUUGACCAUCUAAAGGCCACAGGUCAUGCAAGAGCACCUUCCUCCUCAUCCUUAAACAGCGUGGCAAGUAGUCGAAACAAGAAAGAGAAACGUAAAAACAGAUAGAAAUCCUGCCAACACUUUUGCUUUUUCAUUGUUGCUAGAUUUUGAAACCAAAAACUGAACUGAAACCACCUAAAGAGUUAAAAUUUCAGUGAUCUGCAAUUAAUUGCAUUGUGGAAGAUUAUUUUUUAUCUUGUAAAAAAACAUUUUUUUGUUUAAUAUAUAUUUUUUAAACAUUUCAUUAGUGAUUGAAUUCUACUUUUGCCAUCUGAAUUGACUUGAAUGUCUCAAACAGGUAAAUAUUGUAAAGUAUACAUUCUUGAUUUCUGUUGGCUUAUGUGGACAGAAAUGUAUAGGGAAAAUUAAAUUAUUUUUAACACAAAUGCCCCUUUCUAUUUUGUGAAUUUCACAUUAACUAUUUUUAUAUGAUUCAGUGCUUUGUAUUUUAUGAUGCUUCAUGUUCUGUCAAAGACACAGCAUUUUAAAGUUACCAUCCAUAUUUUUUCCACCCAAAAACAUGACUCCAGGUCAGGUUUUAAAAGUAUUUCUAAGUGACCUUCGUUGAGUGCUAUAUGUUUUUUCCCCACAAGGCCAGUCAUAGUUAAAAACUAAUUUAAGAUUUAUGGUUGUUCUUCAAGAAUAAGAUCUCUUUGAGAUACAACUGUUGAUUUAAUUUGAGAUUUCAUUGUUAACUAUCAACAGGAUCUAUCUUUUCAGUUUCCUCCUCUGAUUUGAAUUGUGGAGGUGGAAGCAAAUUAAUUUACAUGGCACUUCCUCCUCAGCACGGUGGCAGCCCUAAAGAAUGAUGGUGCAUGGCGGCAGAUGGUUCAGAAUUUAUACUGACUUCCACAGUGCUGUGUUCUGCUUUGGAUGUCCCCACCACCACCACCACUGUUUUCAGAAGUUUUUUACUUUGUUUCUUUCCAUCUGAUGUAGAAAAGCUUUUUAAGAAAAAUUUUAUAAAAGGAUUGAUGCUUAUGCAGCUGUUCUAUAGCAAAGUUGAAUAUUGUUUAAAAGUGGAGGAAAUCAUUGUAAGUGAAUGUAGCCAAAUUGUCUGGCUCUCAGUAAGUGAUGAGUCAGUUUUCAGAUGGAUUAAAUAAGGAAUUCUAAUGGUUCUUGUAAGAAACUUUGAACUCACUGACUUGAACUGUAUAUGCUUCCUGUUCAAAGUCGUUUCUCCUGCAUCCUUGAGUCUCCAGUGCUGUGCGCUCCAGGCCUAGAGUCCAUGCCUCGAGGCCUCUGCGAGCCGCCUGCAGAGCAGUGAUGGUGUGGACCAGUCCCUGUGACUGGCUCAGAACUUCAUAUUUGAAUCUUAAAAGUUUUUCUUUUCCAUGUAGAGAUAGAGAGAAAAUGUAAAAGGUAUUUUCUUCACCUUCUUCCCUUUCUAACUCCUACCUCUAGUUCCUCCUUAAUUGUAUUUCCUCUCCCUUUCUUGAUCCCUUCAGGGGAAAUACAAGUCAAUUUUGUAUCUUCUGAUCUCUUCCUCCCAGGCUUCAUUUGAGCCCUAUCUACCUUCCUUCAAUUUGAACUCGAUGAAAUGGCUGUAAUUAUAAAUAGGAAAUUAAUGACAAGAGAACAUAGUCAUGUGUUAAUAGUAUACAGUAGAAAGCAUGACGUCAUCUUGAAAGGCAGGUAGUGUCCUGCAGAUGCACCUCAGACCUUGUCUUUGUCUUGUACUGACCAUGCAGGUACUUAAUUGGCUUCUGCUUUACGUGGGGAUUGAUUGGGGUUAAUUCUCUUUUUUAUUCUGAUUGACAAAAAAAUCACCCAUAAUUUUCAAGAGAUCUUCAUCAGCUGUGAUUGGAAAUCAUACCUCAUUUCUAAUCCUGUAUGUGGAUGAAUGUUGAUGAAUCAUCUACCUUCCUGCACUUCAUUUUUCUUAGCUGUAACACAGUUCUUAGCAUAAUAAUACUGUCUCCAUUUAUUAUACAAGAUUAUUAUGAAGGUCAAAUAAAAUAGUUAUAUGAAAGUGGUUUUUAAAUACAAGAACUAUACAAAAUGUUUAAAUUGCAGGCUUUCGGUUAAGAUGUUUGCAGAUGAGAGUAUAUGUUGGAUUGGAUGUGUUAUGUUUUAUAGGAAUUUGUUUCUUAAUGUACAAAAGAGGGAAACUAACAUACAUGUGUUCUGCCACCAGUGAAAUGAUAGUUUAUGAAUCGCAAACAUUCAGUUUUGCUUGUAUGAGACAAAACAGAAUAUAAAAUAAUGAGCCACGUAUUUUACAUUCAUCUGGUUAAAGGUUGAUGGUAACUGCCUGCCUUGGUUGAAAUUAGUGUAGAUGUGGAAAAUGCAUAGAAUGAGGGAUCUGGGAGAAGAGGAUUAGGGAAAAUCUGUUUUCUUUUCAUAAUUCAUUCAGUGAUGCCAAAACUGGAAUUUCCUAUAAAAGCCUAGUAAGACUUUUCCUCUUUCAAAAUAGGAACGUUGUAUCUUUAGCAAAGCACAGAAUUGGAAAAUAGAAAUCAUUAAAAUGAAAACAUCUGUGGAACAAAAGGCGUCAUAAGAAAAAGAAUCUCAGACCAGGAGAGGAUGUUUACAGCACAUAUAACUGACAAGGGAUUAGUACCCACAAUACAUUAAAAAACAAAAGAACCAUCUACAGAUCAACAAAAAGUGACAGCUGUGCAGCUGUACUGCAGUUCUCAAACUUUUUGGUUCAUGGCCGCUACACUCUUAAAAACUGAGAACCCCAAACAGUUUUUGUGUAAGUGGGUUAGAUCUAUUGAUCUCUUCGUUUAGAAAUUAAAAUUGAUGUAACUUAAAAAUUACAUUAAUUUAGGGGCCUCCCC